CUCUCUCUCUCUCUUUCUCUCUAUGAGUCUCUCAUGAAUAAAUAAAUAAAAUCUUUAAAAAAAGUCCUUAUCCUUUUGAAGUAAGUACUAAAAUAUUUAUAAGUGAAAUAAAUCUGAGCUAGGAUUGAAAAUGGUUUAAAUAGUGUUUUUUUUAAGAUUUUAUUUAUUUGAGAGAGAGAGAUAGUGGGAACAGAAUAGGAUGGAGAGACAGAGAUAGAAGCAGGCUCCCCACUGAGCAGGGAACACAACUUGGGGCUUGAUCCUGUGACCCUGGGAUCAUGACAUGAGCCAAAGACAGAUGCUUAACCUACUGAGUUAUCCAGGAGCCCCUAAAUGUUUUUUUUUGUGUGUGUGUGUGUUUUUUUAAGUGACAAAUGUUAAGAAUAGCCUGAAAUUUGGGAACCUUUAAAUAUACACAUUAAUUCAUUCAACAAACAUCCUUUGAACAGCUACUUUAUCUCAGGCAUGUGAUUCAGCUGUGGAACAUUUUCAGAGCAGUGAAUUUAAAAAGGAGGUGAUAUAAAUGACUGCCCUCACUGAUAAUGGGAGCAGCAGUGAAAGAGUGAUGAGAGUGAAUUAUGGGUAAUGACUGCCCUCACUGAUAAGGGGAACAGCAGUGAAAGAGUGAUGAGAGUGAAUUAUGUGUACUUAUAAGAUUUGAGGUUUUUUGUUUGUUUAAAGAUUUAAUUUAUUCAUGAGAGAGAGAGAAGGAGAGGCAGAGACAUAGGCAGAGGGAGAAGCAGGCUCCAUCAUGUAGGAAGCCCGAUAUGGGACCUGAUCCAGGGACUCCAGGAUCAUGCCUUGAGCUAAAGGCAGACGCUCAACCACUGAGCUAGGAGUCCUGUCCUGAGUUCUUUUAAGUAAACCUUCUAAUAGCACAACCAUAAAGAACAGUGUACAAGUAAUAAUUAUAUAGAAUAAAGAUUUUUUACAAAGUGAAUACCCUAUGUGGCCAGCACUCAGGAAGAGUUGAAUUUUAAACAAAAUGUUGCUUAAAGUAAUGGAUAUGGACUAGAGUAGAAAUGGGGAUCUUAAGCAAAGAAAGAAUUACAAAUGCAAGAGCAACAUACCUCUUAAAGUUCUGGGCUAAACGUUACCUGGGAGAUAUGAGACUUGAAAAAGUAUCUGUGGAUCUGUAGGAGUCUCAGGGCAACUUAAUGAGCAGAAUAUAGAAUAUAUUAUGUGUAUAUGUAUUUUACACUAAAGGUCAAAACUUGUGCUCUUUAUAACUGAGGAACACAUUUUUUAAAAAGAGAUUUUAUUUAUUCAUUCAUGAGAGAGAGGUUAGAGACAUAGGCAGAGGAGGGACUUGGAUGCGGAACUCGAUCCCCAGAACCCUGAGAUCGUCCCUGAGCCGAAGGUAGACGCUAAACCACAGAGAGCCACCCGGGCAUCCCGAGGAACAAGUAUUUAUUAAAUUCAUUAAGUCAACUCUUAUUUAACAGUGUUUUUGUUAUUUUUUUGCAGCUGUUAUCAACUUUUUGGGUUUAUACACUUGGUUUAUAACUUAGGGUUAUAACUUUUCACACGGUCAUAUCCAAAGCUGGAGCUGUAUUCAUAAGAGGCCUAGGCUCAUUUGAUAUUUAAAAAGCAUCUCUUUGGAGGAGUUUCUUCUCCCUUCUUUUUUUUAAGUUUUAUUUAUCUUUUUAGUAAUCUCUAUAUAGGACUCGAGCUCACAACACUGAGGUCAAGAGUUACAUGCUCUUUUGACUGAGCCAGCCUGGUGCCCUUGGAAGAGUUUCUUAACAAUUGAUUAUCUCUAACAGUAAGGCUAUAUCCCAUUUUACUGAUAAGGAAACAGGCACAAAUAGGCUAAGUAACUUGUCCAUGGUCAUACCACACAGUCAUUUGGUGGCAAAGCUGCUAUUCAGAUUAGACCAAAGCUGGCUGGCUUGAGAGUAAUUAAAAAAGGGUCAUUGUGAAGAUUCUCUGUUAAUAAAUAUAAGUUACUUAAAGCAAUGCCUGACUCCAAGUAUAUAAUAAUUGUUAGAUAUCAUUAAUAUUAUUAUUGUCAUUAUCAUUACUUUAGAGAGAAAUUCUGGUAGCACACAGAAAUCUCCUUCCCCACAGGGGAAGAAAUUUCACUUGUGUUUAGGUGGAUGAGUUGCUUUGAGGUUGCCAUACUUAAACAGUAUAGAUGAAACCUACAUUUAAAAACAUCAAUUUUGGGGGCUUUUUGAAAUUAUAAAUUUUUAAAUCCCCAUGAAAGUAAUUUCACGGGGACAGAGUGGCCAAUGGCCUGCAGAGCAACAUGCCUAAGUUUUAUUGUGACUACUAUGACACAUACCUCACCCAUGAAUCUCCAUCUGUGAGAAAGACACACUGCAGUGGUAGGAAACACAAAGAGAAUGUGAAAGACUACUAUCAGAAAUGGAUGGAAGAACAGACUCAGAGCCUGAUCAACAAAACAACUACUGCAUUUCAACAAGGAAAGAUGCCUCCUACUCCAUUUUCUGCUCCUCCUCCUGCAGGGGCAAUGAUCCCACCUCCCCCCAGUCUCCCGGGUCCUCCUUGCCCUGGUAUGAUGCAGGCCCGCCAUAUUGGGGGCCCUCCCAUGAUGCCAAUGAUGGGCCCUCCUCCUCCUGGGAUGAUGCCAAUGGGACCUGUUCCUGGAAUGAGGCCACCUAUGGGAGGCCACAUGCCAAUGAUGCCUGGGCCCCCAAUGAUGAGACCUCCUGCCCAUCCCAAGAUGGUGCCCACUUGGCCAGGAAUGACUCGACCAGACAGAUAAGGAGAGAUAGGAACCUCUUUAUAUUCAUUUUAUAUUACUUGUUCUACUUCAUCAGGAGAUCAUGGUGCUGUGACUCUGGGUGUUUUCUAACAGCAUGACAAGGAAGACUUGCUUCCCCUUCCUAUCAGAGAACAGUUUUUGCAGGGGAGUAGUGGGACCAAAAAAAAGGCACAAAUUUUCAUUUGUAUUGUGAAAUGUGAAAAUAAAAUUGCCAACUGUUUUAGUUAAAAAAAAAAAAAGUAGUUUCAUAUGUGUUUGAGUAAAGUUUGUUUUCUAUUGAGAACGUAAGAUAAAUGAAUUUUAACUCUUCCAAUUCCUGUU